AUGUUACUAUGGCUGUGUGGCGACUUUAUCUCUGAAUCCUGUCAGGCCUAUUUGAUUGGGGGGUUUUUUUUGCUUUCGUUCCAGGUGGAGAUGGUGGUGAGGCUGUGGAAGGACGGCUUCACUGUGAAUGACGAGGACUUUCGCAGCUACUCCAUUCCAGAGAAUCAAGAGUUCCUGGAUGCCAUCAAAAGGGGGGAGCUUCCGGCAGAGUGGGAGAGCAGGGCAGAAGAGGAGGAGCUGGAGAUUAGCGUGGAAGAUCUGACAGAGGAAAAUUACGUUCCCAAGAAGAAGGCUUUUCAUCCCUUCAGCGGUCGAGGAUAUAGACUUGGCAGUGUGGCACCCAGAGUAGUAGCCAGGUCACCAUCUGUGCACGAGGACGGAGAAUCUCCUCCUAUUCCCAUGGUAACACUAGACCACGCCCUUCCCGUCACCUCCCUGCAGAUCUGGUUGGCCGACGGCAGGAGACUGGUGCAGAGGUUUAACCUAUCGCAUCGGUACGUAUCGCCAAUACGCCACAUCUCGAUCUUCGGUUUGAUCAAAGGACAAAAAUAAGAGACAGAAUCAGC